AAAUGUGACUCAUUCCAGGAAGCAGCUCACCUGUGUAUCAGUGGAGAUUCUUCUUCUUCUUCUUCUCUGAACAAACUAACCUAUGUAAUCUUGCUAGACCUAACCAGAGGGGACAGAAAAGAAGGAAGACAGCAAAAGAGAAACAAAGAAGAAAGAGGAGACAAAAACACAACAGAUAGAAGGUGAAGGUAGAAAGUGUGUGUGAGCUGAUGUGAAUCCAGCAUCAUGGAUCAGGACAGAGAGGAGGGAGUCCCUCCCUCUAAAACCACUCAGAGGAACCAGCCUGGACCUGGACCUGAACCCAGCUGUGUCUCCAUGAAGAGCGGCUGGUCGAUGGAUAAACCUCCUGAUCUAAGAUCAGACCAGCAGAAUCAACCUGGACCUGGACCUGGACCUGGACCUGGACCUGGACCAGGACCUGAACCCAGCUGUUUGUCCUAUAAGAGCGACGGGUCGAAGGAUCUUCCUCCUGAUUUUAAAUCAGAGCCACAGAGGUGAGCUGUGUGAAAUUGUUGCAUCAGUUUAGUUUUAUUCCAUCUUGUGUUUCAACUCAAUAAUAAUAAUAA